CAAUUUGGUGCAUUACAGGUUCAUCGAAUGCUUGCCUCACUAUAAGGCUUGAUAGCUGAGAGGAAGAAGAAGGUCCCAACUUGUAGCUUGUCGGCCAAUCGGCUGUCCUGAGACACAACAGUGACAAUGCCUUACGCAGAUAAACAAAUGGUGAAGGCUCCCAUGAAGCCUUCACCGUCCUUGAUCUACAAUAACCUCACAGCAUGUGAAGGGAGCCUGUUAUACGCCCACAUCCGGCAGGCGUGUACGUUUGCGCUAUCAGGUAUGAAGGCCUCUGGAGUGCCUGUGGAUGUCCGCAAGGUUGAGUCGCAGCUAGGUGACGUAAAGCUGGGUGACGUCAUCCACUCCGUCACCGCUUGCUCCCACAACGCAUUCGCCUUCAUAGUGCUCGCAACAGACGCAGGAGUGCAGAUCUGGGACAGCUCCGCCUACCACCUGCUGUACGUCGCGCCCCUGCCCGCCGCCGCCUCACUCGACGUCUCGCUGCGACAUUCUACCUUCGCUCGCGCCGCCGCCAUCAACGUGGCCGCCGACGGCACGCCGCACGUCGUGUUCGGCAGCUCCUCCGGCAGCUUGUUCUGCCUGCCACUGAACGAGAGGGAGGGGCGGUUCAAGGGGGCGCCCGCCGCACUCCCGGCACACCACAAGUCACCCAUCACAGCGAUCGGCUCAGCCUACCAGAGCCGACAGGGCAAGUGGACGGAGGACCUGGGUUGCAACCUGGUCACCUGCGACGAGGAGGGCGGCAUAGCGGUGUGGGAGGCGCUCAGCAUCGGCCCCGGUUACAAGCUGCUCACCAGCAUCCCCCCCUCCGGCACACCCGUGGUUUCGGUGGCUGUGCGGCGGGACAUUGUGGUGGCUGCACGGCUGGACGGCGCAGUACAGCUGUACGGACUGCGCGACGGCAAGCUGCGAGCCGACAUGGGCUCCGCCUCCCGUCUGCUGUCCUCCAUGGCCAUCCACCCCACCAAAGACAUCAUCGCAACCGCGGCGGAGGACGGCAGCCUGCAUGUGUGGGCGCUGCCAAUCGGGGGAGCAAAGGCCGACCUGCUUCUCAGUGUGUGCUGGAUGCAUGCGGUGCUCACGGGAGUGGCCUUCUGCGGCCCCACCAGUGAUGACGUGGCAGUGGUGGCGUACGACACGGACGAGGUGCACGUGUACAAAUACGCAGCCUAGGGGUGUGGUGUGCGUGUUAAGGGAAGCCAAGAAGUUUUGCGUUUGGAGUGUUGGUGUAGGUUGAUGGCGGUGGUGGUUGGGCGAGAUUGAGCUGGCUGAAGUGUGGGGGGACGGUUGGGGAUGGCUGGUGAGUGGUGAGAGGCACUGCAGUGAGGGCGGUUGGGGCAUUAUGGGGCAUAUACCAAUAUAAUAUACGGCGUUUACGAUCUGGAGGGAAAGGGAACGGUGUGUCCUCACCCGGGAUUGAAGGUGUGUGGCUAACAAUGUCUUUGGUACGGCUCCCAAGGAAGCAACAGGGCGCUUUGGUGGAGACCACAUGACGCAUGUGGCGCGCAACGUAACCAGCAUCCAUUUUUCGUGUUUGUUGUGUGAAAGGCGGUAUGUGUAUGCCGUACAAAGGAUGGUAAAUUUGGUACGGCAGGGUGCGGGAGGCAUGCGAUAUAGGAAGGAAAAGCGGAAAGACAACUUGACAUUCUCGAUCUCGGCUUUUGAGACAGACAUGGGGCCGUUCCUGCUGGCGUGGCCUCGGAACUGGGGCUGGGAUGCGUGCUGUCAGUUUUAAUCUUACCCUUGGACUUGCAAACAAGACUUCUUGGUGUGAUGGUCGUUUCUGUCAUGAGGGGCGGAAAAGGACUUCUUGUUGUGCUGUUCACGUCGCCCAAGAAGGCGGUGGCAGCGGCGGUUUCGGGUGCACUCUUUGCCGCCGAGGUGGUAGCAAGAGGAUACUGUUACCGUGUUACUCGUAUGAACAGGUGCCACCAGCACGAUGUGUGAUACGUUUCACGCGUGCAUUGCUGUGGUCUCACGCGUGCAUUGCCGUAGACUCACCCGCUGCGGUUGCAGGUGGGCUGUAGUGCUCCGCGGAGCCCCGUUCGGAGUCAUGAAGAGUCACUUGACAGAUUCGCAGAAACGUAAUGAGAGGGGAUCCGAAUUCCGUAUCCGAAUGCCUGCGGCCGGCGCACGUAGGGUAACGAUAAAAGGUUAAGGUUGGUUGACUUUUUGAGGCAAUAGCGGUGAAUUCGUUAUGGGGCGCCGUGGAUCUUUUAGGGGCUGUCUGAUUUGGGCGUUGCCUGUGGCGUUGAGGUAACUGCAGGAGUGGGACUGUAGGAGUGGGACAUUACGAAAGGAGUCAUGGGAUAAGGCCUGAAGUUUGUGUUCCUAUACAUAUUUCUUAACGAGGCCGCUGAUCUUACUGAGUUAGGAAACUACUUCCAUGCAACACGUGC